AUGAGGCAACACCUGCGCCUCACGCACGGUGUUGCCAACCUCCGGGAGAGGCAGCUGUGGGUCCUGUUUUCCCGGAGGAAGGUCACGAAGCCUUUCCAUCCGUGCCCAUUGUGCGGCCGGACUUUAAAGCACAUCCGGCCGCACUUUGCGAACUCCCACCGGGAACUGUCGGCCAAGGAGUUUCGGCGAGCUGUCCGACAGUUCCAGUGGGAGGUGACCAUGGAGAGGCUUCGUGACCUGCAGGCCAGCCGCCCCGAUGUCCCACUCGUCACGCUCGGGGAACUCUCUGAAGCCCCUGAGGAUGAAGGAAUUCCUUCAGCUCCCACACCCUCCAUCACGCCCGCAGUCUCCUUCACGCCUGCACCCUCUGUCUCCCCACCACACCCCAUCAUCAAUUCACCCCCCAUGAGCCCACACUCCAGUGCAGUCGUGGAGGAGUCUGGCAUGCUGUCAGAGGGCGUUCCAGGGAGCAGCCUUUCCUCGCCUGACCUCGGCAUGGCCAUCAUGACCCUGGAUGGCGAUGCUGAGGCCAGAGCGGGGAUCGAACAGGUCUCCGAGUGGGACGCCCCGGCAUUCGUGCCAGAGACCAUAGGGUUUGUCCAGCUACUGGAGAUGGACUCCAAGGAUGGCAAGAUGGUCCUAGGGCCAGGGUUCCCCACACUGGAGGCAAUUUAG